AUGUCCAUCUUUCGCACUGCAAUUACCCCUGCCAUUCGCAGCUCUGCUUUCGCCGCGAGCUCGCGCGCACUUCAUGUCUCGCCCGUCGCAGCAAAGUCUGCAACAGAAAAUGUCAAAGAGGUCGCACACAAGGUGAAUAUAUCAGUUGGACGCGGUCUGGCAUCGGCUCUCGAGAAGGGUGAAGAAGUCACGGGGGCAACAAAGGAGACCUUGGCUCCAAAGGUGGACAAGGCAAAAAAGGCGACCAGUCAAGCAAGUGAGAAAGCCAACGAGGCAAGUCAAUCUUUGCGAUAA